GUCACGUGAUAAAGACUACCCCAGCCUCUCCCUAGCAUUGUGCUGCGGUGGUUUUGCUGAGCUACCACAGGACGUCGGGAUUCCUGCUUGCUGUUCAUGUCGUCAUUAGCCAAGCAGGAUAACACUAAGGUCCACUAUCUGGAGCGGGAGUCAGAAAGCGUGUCCUUCAGAAAGAUACGAACGCCCCGAGGUAAAACAAUCAAACUGCCAAUCGUUCAAGUGAAGAGGCUACACGACCCGAUUGAUGUCGAAACUCUUCGACCGCCCAGGGCAAGCGUCGGUUUGUUCCCCUGAAACUCCUUGGGGAGUCGGACGUGUUUGGUCUGGACCAGUUGUCACUAUUCAAGGACAGCAACCUGUCUCACUCAGUCAUCCUGGUCAGCCUGGGCUCCGAAUGCAUAGCGUUGAACAAAAUGUUGUUCUGCCAAUUUGCAAACCAGGAGACAAGCGAAAUAAUUAAACAUAAGGCCUUCGUUUACAACACUGAUUACAUUAAACGGCGAUUGAAUGACCCGGUCAAUGUUGACGCGCAUCUGGAGGCCAUUUUGGAAGAUUAUUUAUUUAACAACUUCCCGAAUGGUUUUGACACGAAGCAGUAAAACGUGGGUCGUCAAGCUCAUCAAAGAAAGUCACAAACAGGUGACGUCCUUCCAGAUGUUUCGACUGUCAUCGUCGGGUAACACGCUAGGUGACGCUGUGGUCCCCUGUUGAAUGUUGUGUCGUGCAUGCCAGCAUGCAUGGCCAGACUGUUUUGUCUCUCGUAUGGCGAGCCUGUGUCGAAUACUUAACGUAGCAGUAUUAUGACAUGGCUUUAGAGUCUGGAAUUGUAUCUGAAGAUGAUUCUUGGAGAGAGCCAGCUUCGUUUUGUUCAACGUCCACCUGACCAAGUGUCUCCACGCUAUGACCUGAUGCUAGUAUAGGAAGCAGGACACACACAUGCACAAGCGCACGCGCGCGCGAGUCUGUGAAUUGCUUUGAUCAGGUAAUAAAGUUAUAAGUGGAAUCAUGUGUUUCGAGUCACAUACUUAUGGAGAAGUAGAUGUGUAUGAACACGAGCCCCCUUCUCUCUCUCUUUCUCUCUCUCUGCGCCACGCAUUGUUUUUCAUACUUACGUUUUGUGCCUCAGUAUAUUUCUUUUUCAUUCUUUUGGUCUUUUAUCUCAUACCUCCCCCUUUCAUUGUUCAUCAGUCUCGUCCAGUCUCUGUGUACAUGUGUUCAAUUACCGUAAAUGUGUGUUCGAUGACUGUAGAUGUAUAGUACAAACAUUCAAAGCGUCACCGGCGAAAGACUGACAAAGUGAAAAAGAUGUGUCACAUGUAUGUGUCUAUACUUGUGCAUACGUGUGUUUUUGUCAUUUCGAAAAAAAACCAGUCGGAGAUGAAGUAACAGAGUGUUUCAGAGGGGGAUGGGAUUGAAGCACAGCCAAUACUUAUAUCCAAGUGACAUGGGAAGGUGACGAGCAUAUAAUUAUGUCUAAAAAUGAGUUCAAGUAGUCCGUUGGCAGCCGGUAUUGCCCAAUUUCCUGACGAAGUUACCUAUCUCGAAGGGUCUCGUCCUUAUCUCGCUUGCUCGACACAACACGUGCUGAAAACAUCUGAGUGCAAAGGUGGCUUAAUCACCAGUAGUGCUGUUGACAAUGGUACUUACAUUCAAGGUAUGUUGCGGUAUACACGUACGUAUGUUUUAAUCUUUCUCUCCCCCACUGUGUGUGUGUGAGAGAGAGAGAGAGAGAGAUCUGUUGCUGAGUCUUGUUCAACUAUGUGUUUCAUUCCACUUUAUUUGAGAACAACUGCACUUGUAGACUGCAUGGGGAAGACAGAUGACCUACAGUAUUUUGCUUGUCAUGAUACAUUAUGAUUUCCUGGCUUAGCCAGGGACCUAUCAAGCCUGAUGUUACCACAUCUAUGACAUCUACUACAGGUCGUGGGCCCACAAACAUACUGAUGGCUGCCUCAGGAUGAAAAAGCAAAACAGAAUGAUCACUAGAGACUCCGAAAUUUCAGAACAUGGCCUCCAAGUGAUUCCAGUUACAAACGGUGACGUAAGCCAAGAGAAAUCAAGCGGCAUGGCAAAUCCACAGGACAAUGGGAAUGGGACCGCUCUAUGUGACACAGAGGGAAUCUCACAGAACAAUGUGGAGGUCAAGAAGGUUGAGGAAAAUGACAAAGACACAGAGAGCGAAAGCAAGGAGAGUGAGAACGGUAUUCCAGUGGACCGUGGUUGGGCCUGGGUCAUAAUGAUAAGUCAGUUCAUCAUUCUGAUGCUCAUGAUUGGCUAUGGACGCGCCCUCUCCAUCUUCUUCUUGGAGUUCCAGAAAAUGUUCAACACCUCGGUAACCAUGGGAACCAUCACAUUCGCUCUAAUGACCACCGCAUUUGGAGUCGGGAAUCUGUUGGUGACCAACGUGCUGCUGACAUCAGACAACUCCCGCAAGAUAGUCAUCGCAGGUUCGCUUCUCGGACCCACCUGCAUCUGCCUGUCCGCUUUGUCACCUGGCAUCGGCUUCUUUCUGGCCUGCCAUUUCUUCAUUGGAUUAUCUAAUGCAACCAUCUUUAUACCAACUGCCUUGCUGCUAGGUAAUUAUUUCAACGCCAGGCGAGCCUUUGCUACAUCCGUUGGAAACGCUGGAAUCAGCGUUGGCAACCUAGUGUUUUCACCAUUGGCACAGUAUCUCGUCAUGACAUAUGGCACGCGGGGAGCCAUUUUGCUCACAGGAGGCGUGUGCCUGCAGUCUGUCAUCGCUGCUAGCUUGUGUCGUCCUGUGAGCUUUUACACGAAGAGACUCAAAUACCAGAAAAAACCAACAGACGACAAGAUUGGUCUCACGACCACCAAGUCAUGCGAUAGUAAAUGUGAUGAUGACUAUUUGAAGGAAACUGACGACAUUGAGGUCUUAAAAAGCAGGGAUUUUGAAAGGUCACACGAACCUAGAGUAGAGAAUGGUUGUCAGGGCAAAACAGAUCAUGCACGUCCAAGUGCAGCUUUAGCAAACAGGGAAGCGUCAUCCACACCUUUGCCCUCGUGUGUGGCUCAGGAGAUCAUUAUCUAAAAGUGAAAACUCAGACGACGAAUGCGGUGCUCUCAUGGUCUCACAGACUUUGAAGGACAGUUCUCCAAACUUGCCUCACAGUCUCCAAGUCGCUGUCACACGCCGGCGCGCGUUAUGUGGAGCGGGUUCUCUCAACGUCUGAUGUGAGCUUUUGCGGGUCGAGUUUAACUUUGAACGCUGCCAUCAAUCACACUGAUUGUGCGUUCAGACAGAAAUCUGCGCUUGAAGAACAAGAGGCAGUGGCUAGAUGUAAUUUCGUCAGAUUCUGCAACGAGUAUCUUAUCCAAAACCAUCGACUUUUCGUUGACGAAGAACUGGCUGUUUCGCAUGCUUGUCAUCUAUCAGACUCUUUCCUUCACUGGUGGUCUCAUUGUCGUGUACUUUCCUUCCCUGGCGGUCAAUAACGGAAUGUCGCGAGAGAACGCAGCUGCUCUGAUGACCGUCGUUGGAUCUGUGGAUCUGGUCAGUAGGCUGGCGCUUGGCUAUGUGGCGGAUCUGGGCUUCAUUAAAAAGACGCACCUGGCGGCAGCUGCACUGGUCGUCGUGUCCUGUGCGUGUCAUUUUGUAAGGUUCUACACCAGCUUCGUCUCUCUAGCCAUGUUCGCUGUGGUUUACGGAGUGGCGGGAGGCGUCAGUCAAAAUCUUUUCACCGUCAUCACCAUCGAUCUCCUCGGGAUCCAAAACCUUGCGAAGACGAUGAGCUUCGUCUACAUCAUCAACUCUGCCUUCACGUCCCUCAACCACCCUCUCAUAGGGUUGAUGGUGGAUGGUACAGGAACCUACAUCUACCCUUUUAACUACAUCGGGGUUUGCCUCCUCCUUGGUGCUGUCUGCAUUCUACUCGAGCCAUUUGCACGUCGACUGGAGAACACACGCACGCGCAGACACACAGGACAAGACGCAGUACAUCUCGCAAUUUCCACUCUGUAGUCUCUGCCUUGUACCUGCAUGUUCCGUGGCUAUAUGUAUGCGGUCACCUCUCCACUCACCAGCAUUACUGUCAUCGUGACCAUCACUGUUACUACCGUGAUGAACGGUACAUCCCCACAAACACCACCACUACCAUUAUCAUCCUGAUUAGCUAAAAUAAAAUGUGAAAAUAAA